CUUAUUACUCUGUGCUCUACACAUUAUUUUCUGACAUAUUUAACCUAAAAAUUAAAUUCAAAAACAAGAAGGAAAAUCCGUUUUGUUUUCCAAAUGUUUCUCGAAGAUGUCUAAAAAAUGCUACCUCCAAUGUCUUCUAAACGAAGCAAAAAGGUUAAUCAUACCAGAAAACGAAACGGUCGUAAUAGGAAGGAACCGUUUUACUGGAGUUGAAGAUAUUCAUUUAUCCAGAAAACACCUGGAAUGCACAGCUGAAUUUAAUCCUGACAAACUUAUGGUGAAGACUGUUGGGAAAUGCUACUCAGGGUGUAACGGUUAUGCCCUGAUGUUAAACGAAACUUACACUUUAAGAAAUGGUGAUGUGUUGGAAUUGAGACUGGGCUACCACAAAUUCAAAGUUGUGUUUGAAAACUCUGAUGUAGGAAUUGAUGGGCCCCCUCAAAAGAAACCCAAAUUCCCCAUAUUCAAUAUGCAAAAACGUAAAUCAAUAGCAAGUUCGAGUCUUUCAAACAUUAGUGGUAAAUGGGAAUCAAUAGAUAAUAAUGAACUAUUAGUUUUUACUCCAGAAAACUGUCAAUCUCAACCUCGAAUAGCAUCUUUUGAUAUAGACGGAACAAUUAUAAAAACGAAAUCAGGACUUAGGUUUCCUAAAGACAAAGAUGACUGGGAAUUUAAUAUUCAACUAGUGCCGAAAACCCUGAAAGAUUUGUAUGAAAAACAGUAUAAAUUAGUCUUUUUCACUAACCAAUCAGGUGUGGGCAAUGAUAGUGAAAAAAUAAGAAAUUUUAAAUACAAAAUUGAGAAUAUUUUAAAUGCUCUAUCGAUUCCAGUACAAGUCUUUAUUGCUCUAGGCAAAGGUAUAUACCGUAAGCCUGUGACUGGUAUGUGGAACUUUCUUUCCGACUUGAAAAAUGAAAACGUUCAAAUUGACAUCGAUAAGUCCUUUUACGUUGGUGAUGCAGCUGGCAGAGAGAAAGAUUGGGCCCCUAAGAGAAAGAAGGAUCAUUCCAAUGCUGACAGACUCUUCGCAUUGAACAUAGGCAUCAAAUUCUUCACUCCUGAAGAAUACUUUCUAAAAUCUUCAUCUAAUCCUUUCAAAAUGCCUCUCUUUGAUCCUCGAAAUCUCAAGAAUGUCGAAUAUCCAAAUUAUACCACUAAAAACCACGAUAUUAUUCUGAUGGUCGGCAGUCAAGGCUCUGGUAAAAGUCAUUUUUGCAAAACCGAAUUAAUACCUAAAAAUUACGUACACAUCAAUCGAGAUAUGCUCAAAUCCUGGGAGAAAUGUGUGUUGAUGUUGGAGGAAUGCAUCAGAAAGAAAAAGAACGCAGUCAUUGACAACACAAAUCCAGACAAAGCUAGCAGAAAGAAGUACAUCGAUGUAGCUAAAAAGUACAAUGUUCAGUGCAGAUGUUUUGUAAUGUCCAUUUCGUUUGAGCAUUGUAGACAUAACAAUAAAUUCCGGGGACUCACAGAUAAAUCACACGAAGUUAUUGGGGAUAUGCUCUUGUAUUCUUAUAGAAAAAAUGUUGAACCGCCCGAUUUAUCAGAGGGUUUUAGUGAGAUUGUGAACAUACCUUUCAAAGCUAAUUUUGAAUCGACUAACAGUGAAACAUUGUACAGGAUGUUCUUAUUGGAAUCCUGAGACUUAAUUCAAUUUAUAAAAUGACCUUGUGAUAGACAAGUUUUUUAUGUGAUUGUAUUAUUGUGUUUAUUCUUAAUUUAUUAUCAUCCUGAUUUGUGAAACUCUAUUUUAAUAUGUGAUUUAUAUGCUGUACUCUUUUAACACCACUCAAUAUAUAAUUUUUUUGUCUUUGAGAAUUUCAACAUAUUCCAAUAAAAUUGAAAGGAAAA